AUGACAUCUAACACUGACCAAAGUCCGGCUGCCCCAAUAGAAAAAAUGCCACAAGAUCCGGUGAAGAAAGAUAUGAUGAGUACGCUCCUUAAUCUGAUACAACAACAUCGUCACAAUGCCUACUUUUCUCCAUUCUUCUUGAAAAAAAAAACUCAUAAAAAAGGUACAUGGGCAAUCGGGGAAAAACGUUGGAAGGGCUUAAGGAAACUAAUAUAGGAAGGCGUGUGAAUUGAUUGCAUAAGAAUCCAUCAAACGAAGUAAGAACACCGGUGAAGCACGUUAUGAGAAAAUGGAAAGAAUUGGUGGAUGAGUGGGUUGGCUCAUCCCACACCAAUCUUUAGUGGUGUUUGGAAUAUUUUUGGAGGUCAUUUGGAUUUCGAUGAUCGUGCAGUAGUUGGUGAUAAUCCUCAUUUGAAGGAGUUUGUAAGGAAAGAUUUUAAAGAAUGGUUAUGUUGGCUAUGGUUAAAAAACAGUUGAUUUAAACCGGAUAAAGAGUGAGCCCCCUUCAAAUUGUUUUGAGCAUGCUACAUACAAUGGUUUUAUCACAACUUCAAAUUAAUGCUCUCGAUGAAGGAGUGCAUGCUUUUAUUGCUCAUAUCAAGGACUCGGAUGGAAAUACAUGUACAAAUGUCAUAUUGCAGAUUCAGAUUAUGAUGUUUAAUUUACUAUUUUCAGUGAUAAUGCUACAAUAUGUAAAUUUAUGAAAGUACAUUCCUUUUUCUUGAUUUAGCAAAAAACCUUUUGCUUUGAUAUACUGACCA